AUGUCUGAGGUCACAUCACGGUCCUCCGCCUCGCGCGGUAGAGGCUCUGGCCGCGGCGGUCGCGGUGGUUUCGCUGGUCGCGGCGGUCGCAGACCCAACGGCUCCGACAAGCCUGAUCACAGCGACUCCCCUGCCGCCUUUGACGACGACGCCGACCUAGGCGAGCUCCGAAAGCUGUAUGGAGAUAAGACUUCUGUCAUUCGCGAGAUGUUCCCAGAUUGGUCCGAGGCCGACGUCCUUUUUGCCCUCCAAGAGACAAACGGUGAUCAAUCCGAGGCUGUCACGCGCAUUGCCGAAGGUACCAUUUCUCAAUGGGGCGAGGUCUCGAAGACCAAGAAGCCCGCUCGCACAAAGGCAAAGGACGCUCCGGCUGCCGCUAGUACCACGAACGAACAGACGACUGCUCCCCGCGCCGCUCGUGGCGGCCGCACCGUGUCCGAAGGUGGCCGAGGACGAGGCCGAGCUACAGAGAGAGGCGGUCGUGGUGGUGCCCCUCGUGGUCGCACCGCCCAGCCCUCUACUAACGGUGCCACGCGCAGCAAGGAGAACCAGCAGUUGUCCGUCCCUACUGAGGAGUCCUCUGCUUGGGGCGAGACAAAGAUCAAGGCUGACCCCGUUGAGACCAAGCCUGUUACUGAAUUACCUGCCAGCCAGCCUGCUGCCGCCGCCGCCAAGACAUGGGCCAGCAUGCUUCGUCAGUCCACUGCCGUUGACAAGCCUGCUCCUCUGCAAGGUCACCCCAAGAGCAAGCCCGCCGAAGCUGCUGAACCCGCCGAAGCCCCCCAGGCUCUUCCCACUCGGGGCGGUGUGGGGGGCGGUGUGGUCCACGUCGCGGGACUCGGCAUGCAAACUCGAGGGCUCAGUUUGCAGGCCACGCUAGCCUCGCCCACUGCAAACCCGAGCAUUGUUCUGAUUGAGCAGCUAUCGAAGCUUGCACCCCAGCUGGCCAAUGGCGACAAUACAGAAGCGAAGAACCAGGCGAUCCAGCUCAGUCGGCAACUAACAGGGAGUUUGUCGCACCCUGCCAGCACUGCCGUAGAGCUUGCUUUUGCGCCUUUUGUUACGGUAGCUGCACGAAUCGCGAUUGGCAUGGGACUGUUCAAGCUCAUUGCCAACAAUAACGCGCCAAUCUCGUCCAAACAGCUAGCUGAGAGAUCAGGCAGUGAAGAGAUGUUAAUUAUCCGCACAUUACGUCCGCUGGCUUCCGUUGGGGUUGUCAAGGAGGCAGGCGAGCGACAAUGGGAGCCUACGCCAGUUACACAUGCCAUGGCGACAGAAGAAAUCUCCGCGGGCCAUCGAAUGAUCGGCGAAAUGAUUGUUGGUGCGGCACAAAAGGCACCAAAGUACCUGAAAGAGUACGGUUACCGAUGUCCUACCGAUCCCCGCGACGGCUUCAUGCAGUUUGCCUUUCAGACGAAGAUGACGACCUUUGAGUUAUUCAGCUCCAUUCCUCAAGUCCUCAAAGAUUUCAACCUCUUCAUGGGCAAUACCAUGGGCGCGCGAAACUACUGGGUCGACUGGUUUCCUGUCGAGCAGCAGCUGUUGGGCGGUGCCAACGACCAAGCUCCGCUGCUCGUCGAUGUCGGUGGUGGCAAGGGCCAUGAUCUUCUCGCCUUUCAUGAGAGAUACCACGGAAGAGGAAAACUAGUGCUCCAAGACCUAGAUUCCGUGACGGACAGCGUCAAGAGCACCUUCGAUCCUGCCAUUGACGUCGUGACGUAUGAUUUCUUCACUGUGCAGCCGAUCAAAGGAGCGCGCGCCUAUUUCUAUCACCACAUCCUGCACGAUUGGUCCGACGAAAAAUGCUCUGAGAUCCUGGAGGCUCUGAAAAAGUCCAUGGCGCCAGGAUAUUCCAAGCUUCUGCUUCACGAAAUGAUUGUCCCUGAAGAGGGCGCGUCCACGUUCCACGCGAUGCUGGACAUGACCAUGAUGGCCUUUAACGCGGGCAUGGAGCGCACCGAAAGGCAGUGGCAUGAGCUACUGGACAAGGCUGGCUUCGAAGUGAUUCAAUUCUGGAUGCCGCCGCAGGAGGACGCAGACGGUAUUGUAGAGGCAAUGUUGAAGUCUUGA